UCGCAUAGCUCUAUCGUUGGCAAUCCAACAAUACAAGCCCAUCAUGACGACCGAUCCAUCUACGUAUAAGCUGAAUCAUACUAUGAUUCGGGUGAAAGACCCGCAGAAGUCACUCGAAUUCUACAAAUUUCUCGGUUUCUCUCAAGUCAACAAGCUCGACUUUGAAGAAGCGAAAUUUUCGCUAUACUUCCUCGCUUACGACGGGCCCGAGUCACUCUCUGGCGAACGGCAUUGGACGGACAGGAACGGCGUCCUCGAGCUGACUCACAACUAUGGUACCGAAAACGAUCCCAAUUACACCGUGAACAACGGAAAUACCGAACCUCACCGUGGAUACGGGCAUAUCGCUAUCUCGGUGGAUAAUAUCGAGCUGGCGUGCAAGAGAUUGGAGGAUGCGGGAUAUCCGUUCCAGAAGAAAUUGACAGAGGGGAGGAUGAGGAACAUCGCCUUUGUUAAGGAUCCGGAUGGGUACUGGGUGGAGCUCAUUCGACAGACGGAGGAUGAAAAGGUCUCUGGAGCGGUCACACAGACGAAUCCAAAAUUAUAUCGGUUCAACCACACCAUGCUCAGAGUCAAGGAUGCGGAAGUGAGCUUGAAGUACUAUCGCGAGGUGAUGGGGAUGGAGCUGAUGAGAGAGCUCAAGAAUGAGGAUGCAAAGUUUAAUUUGUACUUCUUGGGGUAUCCGAAAUCGAAUCCACCAGCCAGAACGGACGCAUUGAACCCAGUGACCGAAUGGGAGGGAGUGCUGGAACUUACCUGGAAUUAUGGAACUGAAAAGCAAGAGGGGAAGGUCUACCAUGACGGCAAUUCGGAACCACAAGGCUUCGGACAUAUUUGUGUCUCUGUUGACGAUCUCGACGCCGCAUGUGCUCGUUUCGAGUCUCUUAACGUGAACUGGAAGAAACGCCUCACUGACGGACGAAUGAAGAAUGUUGCAUUCGUUCUCGACCCGGAUGGAUACUGGAUUGAGGUCAUUCAGAACGAAAAAUUAAAGAGCCGGAGCAAGUGGUGAUAACUAUCGGUAAGGCAUCUUUGAGUGUGGGCCAUAUGCGGCCCACAUGCGGCCCCUCCAAGGCAUCUAACCUGAAGGCCUUCGAGCUGCGUGUCAUGGAAAAGCCCAGUCGUCGUCUGCCGGGAUCAGGGCGCAGCAGUAUAUGUAGAGUACCUAGGUUAUCCCUAGCUGGAAUCUGUAGCAAUAACAGCAGAAACGGCGUGUAGAGCUAAUAUAAGCCAUAAUU